AUGGCAAGAGGUAAUCAAAGAGAUUUAGCUAGAGCUAAGAAUUUGAAAAAGCAACAGGAUGCUGCUAAGGCCCAGAAAAAGGAUGGUGAUCCAAAGAAGAGGAUGGAAAAUGAUGCUGAAAUCUUAAGACAAAAGCAAGCUGCUGCAAAUGCAAGAAAAGAAGCUGAAAAAUUAGAGAAAUUGAAAGCUGAGAGAAGUAAAAGAUAA